CUGCAUGAUGUCAAGUGGAUUGAGCGAUCGCCAAGGUAGGAUCGGCCGUGGGGUGUCACUCCUUGAAUUCCAUGGUUGAUUUCCUUUUCUGUGUUUUGAAAUCUCGAAAACCUGACUUUUGUUCUCAGCUAAGAUAGAGAGAGAGGCCGAUAAACCUGACUGGUACUCGAUAUCGUCCAUUUUGAGGUUGUAAAAUACGGCGGCAAGCCUAGGCUUAGGCGUAAGCUAAGCCUGAGGCUUCAUUAUAUUGGGUAUUGAUCGCAUAUAUGUUGUUUUGCAGAUAGUUAGUCUUGGGAGGAACAUAGGGGGUGGGUCUUUUUAAACGUCAUCAACAUGCGCGUUCUCGACACCACAACAUUCCAGCUACACGCCGGAGAUCAGCUCCAGUUCAAGAACGAUGGCUACGCGAUACUCUCGCAUCGCUGGGGAGAGAGGGAGGUGACCUUCAGCCAGCUCGAUGCUCACGUCGACGAGCUGAGGACCGGCGCUGCGCCACUGAGCACGCCGGCGUUGGACAAGAUCCGCGGCGCGUGCGAGGUGGCUCGGGAGCAGCACGGGCUCCGGUGGAUGUGGAUCGACAGCUGCUGCAUCAACAAGACCAGCACGGUCGAGGAGACGGAGUCCAUCGUCUCCAUGUUCAAGUGGUACCGCGACGCCAAGGUGUGCCUCACCUAUCUCUGGGACGUGACGAAGAAGCCUACGGCGGAUCGCAGUCGUAGCGCGGCCACGUCUCCCGCCAUCUUCCAGCGGACAGGCUGUCCGGAAAAGCUAUCGGAGUGGUUCGAGCGCGGCUGGACGCUGCAGGAGCUCCUGGCGCCCCGGGCCAUGGUGUUCUACGACGGCUGCUGGACCGAGCUCGGCACGAAGGCGAGUCUGGCGCCCGAACUCGAGAAGGCCACGGGCAUCAGCGCGCGCUACCUCAUGGGCGCGGACCGCUUCGAAAAGGCCUCCAUCGCGGCCAAGAUGAGCUGGAUGGCGGGCCGCGUCACGGGCAGGGGGGAAGACAUCGCGUACAGCAUGCUCGGCAUCUUCGACGUCGCGCUCCUGCCGCAGUACGGCGAGGGGAAGCUGCGCGCCUUCAUGCGGCUGCAGCACGCGCUGCUUGCGAAGUCUACGGACGAGUCGAUAUUUGCGUGGAGGAUGCCCGAUGAGCCCGAGGCCGCAAAGAAGUACAACAACGCCGCGAAGGGCAGCUGGGAGUCGGGCGAAUGGGGCUUGCUGGCGCCGACGCCGGAGUGGUUUUGCGAUUCGGGACGCGUUGUUGCGGAUCCCGAGGACGAAAAGGUGCAGAGGAUUGCACGGCCGAACGGCGGCUUCUUCAUGGCGCAGCAGGGGCUGCAGGUCUCCAUGGCGCCGAUCGAGUGGACCAACGCGGCCUGGGUCUGGGCUGACCUGAGCAUGCUGGUGCUGGCCGGGGCGACGGUGGUCGGGCUCGUGGGGUACUUCGCAUACAGACGGCGGAAGCUAAAGGGCGAUGGGAAGUUCACGCUUAACUGCUGGGAGCGAGAUGACCGUGGGAAUCUGGCGGCGGUGAGAAUUUACGUCCGUCCGCUGGCGCUGGAGCCAACGAGGAUGGUGAAGAGGAUCAGGUGUCAGGAGUAUAGGCUGCAUCGCGGGAAGAUCAAGUUUGCGGAUCCGCAGGUGGCUAUUGUGGUGCAGCCGGAGGUUGCUGAGGUGUAGAGUUGGGAGGUUGGCUGGGGGUGUUUUAUGAGUAGGUAGGGGGUUUUAAUGUAAGCCAAAUAAUAUGAUUGAUUUCCUUGUAACAUAACUUUUAAUGCCAAGUACAUAGAGGAAUGUGACUGGCAAUCCCA